GAGGGUGAGCAAUCGCAGGAGGCACCGUCAGCAGGGACCGUCUGGGACGGGGAAUUGCUGGCCGCCGCGGAGUCUUUGCCAUGCCUCGGUACUGCGCGGCCACUUGUUGCAGGAACCGAGCGGGACAGAGCGCCCGAGAUCAGCGAAAGCUCAGCUUUUACCCAUUUCCUCUUCAUGAUAAAGAAAGAUUAGAGAAAUGGUUACGGAAUAUGAAACGUGACACUUGGACUCCUAGUAAGCAUCAGGUCCUCUGCAGUGACCAUUUUACGUCAGAUUCUCUAGAUGUGCGGUGGGGUAUUCGGUAUUUGAAGACAACUGCAGUGCCAACUAUUUUUUCAUCCUCUGAAAAUCAGGAAAAAGGAAUAUCCCAGAAGAAAACGCAAGUGGAAAGAAUAGAAGAUAUCAAAGAAAUGAGCACAUGCAUAACAACAUCAACUCUUAAAUCCUGUUCACCAAAGAGAAAUACCUUACCUGAAGGAGGUCUAUAUCGAAAAACUCUUGAAACAAAUCCAGACUGCUCAGCAGGAACGGAAGGACUAACACAGAAUAUUGUGAAAGAUGGCGCUGCAUAUUCAGGUAACUGCGUUAAACAGAAUAAGCAGCAAGCAAACCAAAUAAUAACAGCAUCUGAUAUGGAAAACACAGGAGCCAUCCGUUCCAAUAUUCCAGGAAAUAGUCAGACCAUCAAAAACAUUUUUAAUGCUGCUGCUACAGAUUUGCAAGUUUCCGUUCGUGACCUCCAGUCAUGUUUUGAAUAUGGCUCACAUUCUAAAGCCACAGUUUUGCAGGCCACACAUCCGGAACGUGGAGAUUCAUCUCCGGAAUUCACUAAUGUCUCCAUACCCAUGAGCGAACUUAAAUCUGAUCAGUUUGAUUCUCACAUUGCAAAUUGCUCAAUAGAAGUACAAACAGAUGAAAGUUCGGUCUUGCUUCAGUCCAUGUCACAAGCUUUGGAACAGCUCAGUGGAAAUAAGGAGUCUGUCAUCACCAUUAUCGUUCCUUCAGAGGACUCAAGAACCCCCUUGCUAUUAGAGGGCUCCUUUAUAUCAGCAGAAGAGGUAUUAACCCACCUGGAAGCAGAAAACUCUGUUGUCAUCGGCAGCUGCAGCAGCCUUGAAGUGCUACAAACGGAGCAUUCAUACUGUAGGCAAGACACAGACCGGGAACAACUCUGGCAAAAAAUUACAAAGCUGCACUCAAAAAUAGCCCUUUUAGAAGUCCAGGAGAGAAAAACCCUAAGCAGACUUAAAGCUAUAGAAGCGCUUAUUGCAAAACUGAAGCAAGACAAUCUCCUUUCGGAGGAGAAGCUUAAAGUCGUAGAAAACUGUUUUACAACAUUUGAAGUUACCAUGAUACAAUAAACGCUUUAAAAGAAGGGAUUGCAACUUGUUCUGCAAAUUAUUUCCUGGGGUUUUCUUUUUUUUGUUUGUUUGUUGGUUUGCGAGAGAGGGUGUUGUGUUUGUUUAUUUAUUUAUAAGUAGAAAUGGAAUAAAAAUAGGUCAUCACUUUCCUCCCUCUCCUUUCCUCUGCUCUCAGCAUCUUCCCAAAUUCUUUUAUGGAAUAUUGGGACUAGGGCAAUGGGGAAAUGUAAAAUUUAUUACUACUGCUUUUGUGGGUGUAGCUUGGGGGUGGUGGCUGAAGAGGUUGUAGAAAAAAUGCUUUUAAACGCUCUGAUGAUCCCAGCUGAGCCGCGCGAUCAUCCGAGGUUUUUUUUUUUAAAGCAUUUUUUUGGCUAAAGAAAAAAACCCUUUAAAAGUAAAAAAGAAAGCCUCUGAUGAUUGCGCAGCUCCGCUGGGCAUGUGGGGGGGUGGCAGGGAUGUUUGCUACCGUUCUCCGAACCACCCGCCGCCAUCGCUACCAGAUUGGGCAAUCCGGUCCAAACCGGGAGCAUUUCACCCCUGGAAUAGAGAUAUUUUGUGAAACUGCAUGGGGACUGGCAUUGGGGGAUGUAGGAAGGAAGAAGAAAUCAUACAUACAUCUUAAAUGUCAAAAACCUUCAUUGAGUCUCAAUUGCUGCAGAAAAUAGAAAGAAACUACUCUAGAGCCAUAAAGUUCCAUCAAUCCAAAGCCAUAACAAAAACAUUCUGGUAUAUUACAACUGUACAACAGACUGACUACUUGAGGCGGAAAAAACAUAAACCAAUUUUAAAACAUGUUUAUUCUAAGGUACAGAGGCAGUUUGGUGCAGUAGUUAAGGCAUCAGGCCAGAGACUGGGAAACAGUUCUAGUCCCACCUUGGGCAUGAAAUCAGCUGAAUGUCCUUGGGCCAAUUUCUUUUUCAUAGCUUUAGGAAUGAGGUUUUUGGCAAACCACUUCUGAAAAACCUUGCCAAAAAAAACUAUAGGAACUUGUGACUGAGAAUUAGACCCAACUGAACAGAAGAAGAUAAGCCCAAACUAUUCUCAAGUAAGUUUGUAUGGGAAUGCAGCACUGAAGUCUAUAACUGUGUGGGUAAAUAAAAUGUAUUCAUGAAAGCUUACUCCCACAAGGACACAAACAGCUGCAUUACUUUCACUUUGAACCAUUGCCUUCAAGGUCUACCUCACUUGCCAAACUGAUGUUAUUCAUAAAUAAUGCAAUUCUAAGCAUGCAUGGGAAGUUCCAUUGAUGUGUAUAGGGUUUAUUUUCUAAUUUGCUGCUUUAAAAAUAUAGCCCAUAUCUCUUAGAAUUAAUGGAACAAUGGAAGAUGG